CGAACCUGAACGCUUGGCUGGGUGUUUUCAAAGAUGCCCAGUGUAACAGUGAAAGAUGUCAACCAGCAGGAAUUUGUCAAGGCUUUGUCGGCGUUUCUCAAAAAGUCUGGCAAACUGAGAGUCCCAGAGUGGGUUGAUACUGUGAAGCUUGCCAGGCACAAGGAGUUAGCUCCCUGCGAUGACAACUGGUUUUACACCAGGGCAGCAUCUACGGCUCGUCAUCUGUACUUGCGAGGAGGUGUGGGCGUGGGCUCCAUGAUCAAGAUCUAUGGAGGGCGUCAGCGGAAUGGUGUAUGCCCUGCCCAUUUUAGUGUUGGCUCCAGGAAUGUGGCGAGGAAGGUCCUCCAAGCUCUGGAAGGUCUCAAGAUGGUGGAAAAGGACCCCAAUGGUGGUCGAAGACUUACUCCUCAAGGCCAGAGAGACCUGGAUAGGAUUGCUGGUCAGGUUGCCUCAGCAAGCAAGAAACAGAGAAGUCUACAAGGCACCAUUUGAGGAAAGCAUGCACUGAAAACUGAAAUGUGAAAUGCAGUUAUCUUUUAUUGCUUAUUUAUUCAAAUUUGCUUGCCUUCCACAUGAACCCCAAAGUAACCUUGAACAAAAGACAUUUUAUGAGAUGCAUGAGUCUAUAAUACAGGACAGUACAAAUGAAAUAUUAUGCAUAAAUGUUUGGAACAGUUUUUGCUUUAGACAGAAGCACCGGAUCUACAGUAUCACUAAGCAAGAGCAUGUUAAUGUUGUUGCCCGUCAAUGAGAAGCUGUAUAAAGCUAUAUAAAAAUUAAAGACGUGAUGGAUUCUGCAACUCAGAAUAUUAUGUGAAAGC